AUGAAGAUUGAGGAAGCCAAGCCAACAAGAAUGGCAUUCCAAUUGGCUGAUAGAACAUUUAAGUUUCCACACGGGGUGGUGGAAGAUUUGCUAGUGAAAGUAGGAAAAUUCAUUUUCCUUGCUGAUUUUGUGGUGCUGAACAUGGAAGAAGAGGCCAACACGUCAAUCAUCCUAGGAAGAUCAUUCCUAGCUACUGCUGGAGCCAUCAUUGACGUGCAGAAAGGGGAACUAGUCUUGAGAUUGCAUGAAGAGAAAAUGGUCUUCAAUGUCUUUAAAGCAAUGAGUUACCCCAAGGAAUGCAUAGGAGAAUGCAUGUUGGUACACACUAUAGAACAGAUAGUUCAAGAAGUCAUGGAGAAGAACAAUGUGGAGAAAGCAUUGAGUUGGAGCAAGCACCAGAUGGAAAACUACCACAAGCAACCAUGA